GGAUCCGGGGAAAGCUCGGUCACGCUGCGUGGGUGGGUGAGUGGAUAGUAGAGGAGCUGCCGCGGAGGUAUUUAACAGAGAGCCGAGGAGAGCUCAGCACAGGACGAAGCGGUUUCAGCACCAAGGACAGCGACACGUAGCCCAACACAACUAACUUACCAUCAUGGUUCUCAUCUGGACUCAGUUUGGAGUGAAGCACAAAAAUGUCAAUGUCAAGUGCAAAGUGCGAGUUAUGCACAGAGGAGACAGCUCAGGCUCUUCUUCAUCAGCGGAGAGCAGCAAAUCUGAGCAGGACACACCCUGUCUGGCUCUCAAACCCACAGGCAAGGACUUCUACAAAGUCCUCGGUGUGUCCCCCGACUCCACUGAAGACGAGAUCAAGAAGGCCUACAGGAAGAUGGCUCUCAAGUACCACCCAGACAAGAACAGCGACGCGGACGCAGAGGACAAGUUCAAAGAGAUCGCAGAGGCCCACGAAAUCCUGGCUGACACCAAAAAGAGAAGCGUCUACGACCAGUUUGGAGAAGAAGGUCUUAAAAAUGGAAUUUCAAUGGCGGAAGGAAAAGUCUUCCGCAAUAACUUCCACACCGACCCCAACGCCACCUUCUCCUCCUCCUUCCAUGGCUCCGACCACUUCGACAUCUUCUUUGGCAAUGAUGUUGACGGCGAAGAUGAGCUCUUUAACCCCUUCAGGCGGUUCCCCUUCAGCCACGUAGGCGGGUUCUCUGGCAGCGAGGGCGGGCUGCGAAGAGGCCAGCGGCGGCUUCAGGGCGACGAGGUGGUGCACGACCUGCUGGUGACCCUCGAGGAGGUGAUGCAAGGCUGCACGAAACACGUGAAGAUCACCCGCAGCCGCCUCAACCCCGACGGCCGCAGCCUGCGAUCUGAGGAGAAGGUGCUGAACGUGGUGGUGAAGAAAGGAUGGAAAGCGGGGACCAAGAUCACCUUCCCCAGGGAGGGUGAUGAGACGCCCAACAACACCCCUGCAGACAUCACCUUCAUCCUCAGGGACAAGGAGCACACGCAGUACAAGAGGGACGGCUCCAACAUCGUCUUCACGGCCAGGAUCACCCUCAAGGAGGCUCUCUGCGGCUGCACAGUUAACGUCCCAACACUCGACAGCCGGAUGAUGCCUCUCCCAUGCAGCGAUGUCAUCAAACCGGGUGCCGUCCGGCGGCUCCGGGGCGAAGGUCUGCCUCUGCCCAAGAGCCCGUCUCAGCGAGGCGACCUGGUGGUGGAGUUCCAGGUGCUCUUCCCUGACAGGAUCCCACCACAGUCCCGCGAGAUCAUCAAGCACAGCCUGGCCCAGUGCUAGCCUGCUGCUGUUCAGCUGCCUGAUUGACACAGCUUCACCGUGUGUGUGUGUGUACGCUGUUGUCAACUCACAGCCUGGCCCAAGGUGCUAAUAUCACAACCAAUCACAACCUCGUGUUGUGAUUUGGAAAAGGCAAACGGCGCUUAAGUGAGUUGUAGUUCGAGGAGAUAACUUUCUGCAGGCAUGACGCACAACACCUACGAUGUCACCUGAGCAGUGAGUUUAGAACGGAUGAAUGGGGUCUUUGGUAUCCGAGGGCGUCCAUUGACUCAAUAGCCUUUUUUUUUAAUGAAGGGUUAUCUGUAGUGUUACACUUGCAAACCUAUAGCAGGCUGUCGGCGUGCUGUUCAAGUGCGUAAAGACAACAACAGCUUUACUGUAGUUAUAUGCUGCUCAUAUGACUGAUCUUUUGCAUUGAUUUAUUACAAUAGCAAAAUAUACUUGUGUACAAGGAUCUACUUUGUGUACGAAAUGCAAAAAAUAGUUGUCUCUAAGAGAGAUUCAUCCGUCAAAUGUUCUAUUGAAUUAUUUGAAAUGUUUGUAUAUAUUCUGCGAAGAGCCAGAAGUUGAUGUAUUAUUACCUGAUAGACAUGAAAAAUAAAAGAAAUAAAACACAU